CGCUGUUGAAUUAUUGAGCGCUUGUCAAGAAGAUGGCGGCUUCCUGGGCGGCAUGAAAAGAUGUAGAGUUAGCAAUAUCUACAGUGAAAGACGCACCCAGGGUUGAAUUCGUUCUCUGAGUCCUCUCUCGUGAUUUUUAAAUUAAGUUAACGAAUCGGAACGAAGAAGUGGACAUGGCUUCUUCAGGCACCUCGGUUCUGCAGCCGCGCUGGAAGAGGGUUUUGGGCUGGUCUGGCCCGGUUCCUCGCCCAAGACACGGACACCGAGCUGUGGCCAUUAAAGAGCUGAUGGUGGUGUUCGGCGGAGGGAAUGAAGGCAUUGUGGAUGAGCUGCACGUCUAUAAUACAGCCACCAAUCAGUGGUUUAUUCCUGCUGUCCGGGGUGACAUUCCUCCCGGCUGCGCUGCAUAUGGAUUUGUGUGUGAUGGCACCAGACUCCUUGUGUUCGGGGGCAUGGUUGAGUACGGAAAAUACAGCAACGAUCUUUAUGAACUACAGGCCAGUAGAUGGGAGUGGAAACGUUUGAAGCCCAAAGCCCCCAAAAAUGGCCCGCCACCCUGUCCUCGCUUGGGCCACAGCUUUUCUCUAGUUGGAAACAAAUGCUACUUGUUUGGUGGACUGGCAAAUGACAGUGAAGAUCCCAAAAACAAUAUUCCCAGAUACCUGAAUGACCUCUACACACUCGAGCUACGCCCAGGGUCAAACGUAGCAGGCUGGGACAUCCCCAUUACAUACGGCGUGCUUCCCCCUCCUCGCGAGAGCCACACUGCUGUUGUCUACACAGAGAAAACGUCCAAAAAGUCUCGUCUCAUCAUCUACGGCGGCAUGAGUGGUUGCCGUCUUGGAGACCUCUGGACUUUAGACAUAGAUACUUUAACCUGGAACAAACCUGCCAUAAGUGGUGCAGCACCUUUGCCCCGCAGUCUCCACUCUGCCACCACUAUAACCAACAAGAUGUUUGUGUUUGGUGGAUGGGUCCCUCUGGUUAUGGAUGAUGUCAAAGUAGCCACACACGAGAAGGAAUGGAAGUGCACUAACACGUUGGCCUGCUUAAAUCUAGACUCAAUGUCUUGGGAAACUAUCCUGAUGGACACUCUUGAGGAUAAUAUCCCAAGGGCCAGAGCUGGACACUGCUCUGUGGCUAUUAACAAUAGGCUGUACGUCUGGAGUGGAAGGGACGGCUACCGCAAAGCCUGGAACAACCAAGUUUGCUGCAAAGAUCUGUGGUAUUUGGAGACAGAUCGUCCUCAGCCACCAUCACGUGUGCAGCUGGUCCGUGCCAACACUAACUCUCUGGAGGUGAGCUGGGGGGCAGUGCCUACCGCCGACACUUACCUGCUGCAGCUGCAGAAAUACGACAUCCCUGCUGCAACAGCUGCCACAUCGCCAACGGUCAACCCCACUCCGUCUUUACCCGUCAACUCGCCUAAGAGUCCGGUGCCCGCCGCUGCUGCUCCUGCAGCUCAGAGCAUGCCUCUCUCUGGGGUCACACUGGUGCCACAAGUCCCUUCCCCCACCACCGCCAUGCCAACCAGCCCACUUGCAGCCUCACCUCGUGGACCAGCUAUUCUUAAAGUGGCAGCGCCUCAUUCAACCCCCGGGACGUCAGUUGUUACUGUGCGUCAGGCCACUCCUGGAGGAAAAUCCCCAGUCACGGUUACAUCACUUCCUGCAGGCGUCCGCAUGGUUGUCCCCGCACAGAGCACCCAGGGGACGCCAAUUGGCAGCAGCCCUCAGAUGAGUGGCAUGGCUGCUUUGGCAGCAGCUGCAGCCGCCACACAGAAGAUCCCGCCCUCUUCUGCAACCACUGUGCUAAAUGUUCCAGCCGGAGCCACCAUCAUGAAAACAGUCAAUGUUACUCCUGGAUCCACAACUCUGCCUGCUACUGUCAAAGUAGCUUCACCUGUAAUGGUUACUAAUCCUGCGACCCGAAUGCUGAAAACAGCUGCAGCACAGGUCGGCACUUCCGCCAUCUCUACUCCCAACACCCCGACUCGGCCGAUCAUAACUGUGCACAAAUCAGGCACAGUAACUGUAGCCCAGCAGGCCCAGGUCGUCACCACCAUGGUCGGAGGAGUCACCAAAACUAUAACCCUUGUUAAGAGCCCCAUCACAAUGGGUAGCAGCGGUGCUCUGAUCUCCAGCCUUGGGAAGAUGAUGUCUGUUGUCCAGACCAAACCAGUACAAACGUCUGCGGUCACCGGACAGGCUGGAGGCAGUCCUGUCACUCUAAUACAAACAAAGACUCCUCUGCCUGCUGGUACCAUCCUGAAACUGGUCACAUCUGCUGAUGGCAAGCCCACCACAAUCAUUACAACUACCCAAGCAGGAGGGACUGGCACCAAACCUACUAUCCUGGGCAUCAGCAGUGUCUCUCCAACUACCACCAACAAACCAGGCACCACCAUUAUUAAAACUAUUCCCAUGUCUGCUUUACAACAAGGAGCAACAGGUGUGACUAGCAGUACUGGCAUCAAGUCCCCCAUCACAAUUAUCACCACUAAGGUUGUUACUCCUGGCACGGGUACUCCGGGGAAAAUCAUAACAGCUGUACCUAAGCUGACAGCAGGUGCAGGACAACAGGGGGUCACACAGGUGGUCCUGAAGGGGGCGCCAGGACAGCCCGGCACUAUCCUGCGCACUUUGCCUAUGGGUGGAGUGCGUCUGGUUUCACCAGGCACUGUGUCUGCCGGCAAACCAACGGUUACCACACUAGUCGUCAAGGGCACCACGGGAGUCACAACUCUGGGUACAGUAACUGGUACAGUAUCAACUAGUGCGGCAGGGGCCAAUGUGGCAAGCGCUAAUGCCAGCCUGGCUACUCCUGUCACCACACUUGCCUCUAUCGCCACAUUGUCCAGCCAGGUGAUCAAUCCCACGGCCAUCACUGUAUCUGCUGCCCAGACCAGCCUCGCCACCGCUACAAUGCAAUCGGCACCCCAGCCUACUCAAGUAACCCUGAUCACAACUCCAAGUGGUGCUGAAGCCCAGCCUGCACAGGAUCUUCCUGUCUCCAUCCUGGCCUCUCCCACCUCAGAGCAGCCCUCCACCACUGGUGCUGAUGCUGGUGACGGCUCUGGCGACGCUGGUACCACUGUGACACUGGUCUGCUCCAACCCACCAUGUGAGACCCAUGAGACUGGAACAACCAACACAGCUACUACAGCUUCUGCCAAAAUGGGCACCGGACAGGUUUGUUCCAACCCUCCAUGUGAAAUGCAUGUAACAGGCACCACCAACACUGCAACUACCGCCUCUGCGAACAUGGGCAGAGCACAGCAGGUCUGCACCAACCCACCCUCAGAGACACAUGAUACUGGCACCACCAACACAGCCACUACUGCCAGCUGCAACAUGGGCUCUAAAGAGAUGGGCACUGUGAACAGCAAGACAGGGGCUUCUUCAUCAGCUACAUCCUCAGCUUCUGGUUCAGAAGCAGCAACGCCCGUCACAGAGAGCGGUGCUGGAUCUGGCUCCAUGCGGCCGGAGAAUCUCCGCACAGGUACCACCAACACCUCCACUACCGCCCGCUCCAACAUGGGCUCUGACCAGACGGGAACGGUCCAGAGCUCCAACAAGAGCCAAGCUGCCAUCUCCUCUACUCUGAUGCCUGUUUGCUCCAGCCCUACUGGGGAAACUCCCGAGACGGACACCACAAAAGCUUCAGCUGAGUCCGGUGACGUCCAACAGGUCUGUUCAAAUCCACCCUGUGAGACACAUGAAACGGGCACGACCAAUACUGCUACGCAGUCAAGCUCCAGUAUGGGAAGUGGGCAAACUAAUGUUGUGCAGAGGGUAUGCUCCAAUCCACCCUGUGAAACACACGAAACGGGCACCACCAACACGCCAACCCAGGCUUCAUCUACUAUGGGUGCAGGACAGAGUGGCACCGUGCAAAUGGUUUGUUCCAAUCCACCCUGUGAAACACACGAAACGGGCACCACCAACACGCCAACCCAGGCCUCAUCUACUAUGGGUGCAGGACAGAGUGGUGCUGUGCAGAGGGUUUGUUCCAAUCCUCCCUGUGAAACACAUGAAACGGGCACCACCAACACGCCAACCCAGGCCUCGUCUACUAUGGGUGCAGGACAGAAUGGCACCGUGCAGAGGGUGUGUUCCAACCCUCCCUGUGAAACUCAUGAAACGGGCACUACCAACACGCCAACCCAGUCCUCGUCUUCUAUUGGUGCUGGACAGAACGGCACAGUGCAGAUGGUGUGUUCCAAUCCACCCUGUGAAACACACGAGACGGGCACAACCAACACAGCCACCACUGCUACAAGCAGCUUAGAAACUGGAGAAGGAACAGCCCAGCAGGGUGGUGAUGGACAGAGUGACAGCGGCACCAGCUCAGAACCCACAUCAUCUACAGAACCAGCCAAUCCCACGACACAAAGCAGAGCCAUCACCACAGUAACACAGGCCACGCCCACUCCAGGACCAUCAGUACCGGAGAUCUCGUCUAUGGCCGGAUCUGUGGUAGUGGCUGAGGUCCCGGGAGAGGCGGAGGCCAUGGAGCAGACCAGCGCAGAGGCCGUAGCAGCGGGAGAAGAGCCCAUGCAGACCGAGUGUCAGGGAGAGCUCGGUGAAGAGGGAGCCAUCAGGGUCGUUGCCAUAGAUGAAAGUGCAGCGGGUGAUGAGGGCACCAUGCUACAGGUUCAUGUUGCCAUGGAAGCACAGCCAGGUCAAGGAGAUCAGGCUGAGCAAAUGGACGCCGGUGUGGAGGCUGCAGAAGCGAUGAGUCUAGCUGCUCAAGACUCAGAAGCGCUCGCUCUGCCCCAGGAACUGAUGUCUGCAGAAGGACAGCAAACCACCCUCAUGGUGACUGGACUGACCCCAGAGGAGCUGGCUGUGACGGCAGCAGCUGAGGCUGCAGCACAGGCUGCGGCUACAGAAGAAGCGCAGGCCCUCGCUAUCCAGGCUGUCUUACAGGCGGCUCAGCAGGCUGUGCUCAGUGAGGGAGACGGAGGUCAGGACGGGCAGCAAUCCACCACCAUCCCUAUAGUUUUGACCCAGCAGGAACUCGCUGCUCUAGUUCAGCAACAGCAGCAGCUCCAGGAGGCGCAGGCGGCCGCAGCCCAGCAGUUAAGCGCUGAAGCAGCUGCAGCUGCUCUGCCCACCGAAGGCUUGGCACCAGCAGACAGCCUCAAUGACCCAGCAUCUGAAAGCAAUGGCCAUGAGAUGGCAACCGCUGUUACGAGAGCCGUGGCCUGUCUCCUUCCGCGCACUACUGCCGAGACUCUAGCCCCAUCAAGUACUUUUGCACCAUCUCAGCCGAUUAUGGUCGCCAGCCCUGCCAAGAUGCAAGCAGCAACUGCUUUAGCUGAGGUGGCCAAUGGGAUUGAAUCAGCAGCUGGGAAGCAAGGAGCACCUCCAGCAGUUGUGAAGCCACCAGUGAAGAAAGAGAAUCAGUGGUUUGACGUUGGAAUCAUUAAGGUCACAAACACGGUUGUCACUCACUAUUACGUGCCAGCUGACGAUUCAGCGGUUACUGAUGAUGAUUCUGGCGCAAUCCCAGACUACAGCCGAAUGAAGAAGAUUGAGCUGUCUCCAGGCACUGCGUACAAGUUUCGUGUGGCUGGUGUCAACGCGUGCGGCCGUGGAACGUUCUCUGAGGUCUCUGCGUUUAAGACUUGCUUACCUGGCUUCCCCGGAGCACCGUGUGCCAUCAAAAUCAGCAAGAGCCCAGAUGGUGCCCACCUGACCUGGGAGCCUCCAUCAGUGACAUCAGGGAAGAUCAUUGAGUAUUCAGUGUAUCUGGCCAUCCAGAGCUCGCAGACGGUCGAGGCGAAAGCAUCCACUCCGGCUCAGCUUGCCUUUAUGCGGGUGUACUGUGGGCCCAACCCGUCCUGCCUAGUGCAGUCGUCUAGUCUCUCCAACGCCCACAUCGAUUACACCACCAAACCCGCCAUCAUCUUCCGCAUCGCCGCCCGCAAUGAGAAGGGCUACGGCCCCGCCACGCAAGUCAGGUGGCUACAAGAAACCAAUAAAGAUGGCUCUGCGGCCAAACCUGCAGCAAAGAGGCCGGUCUCGUCGCCUGAUAUGAAAGGCGCUGGUCCAAAGAAGGCCAGAUCUGACCAGUGAGAGCUCACCGUGACCCCUGACCCCGCCCUCUUUAUGAGCUGAACCCUGACUGAACUCCACUUCCUGCUGAAUGACCUUCCUGCUUCCACUUCUCACACCAUUCCAUCCUCUGCAAUGAAACGGAAGGAAACUGCAGCCAAAAAAAAGGAAAACCAUUUGUUUCCAUUUUUGAGAAAUCUGCUCCCAUCACUGGACAUUUUGGUGCCAUGGACGCCUUAUUUCCGACUGUAUUUUUAAAAAAAACAUAAAUGUUCCUCCUCAAAAGCACAUACAUUUGCUUUUCCUGACAAUUUUGUGUAAAGAGAUUCCAAUGGCAGCGUUCAGUCUCGUUAUAACUGUAUUAUCAGAUACUCGAUCUUUGUUUUCCUCCCUUGAUAUUCAUUUAUUUUUAAGCUUAUUUCAAUCCAAGCAAUAGAUAAGCAGAAAAAUAACUUUGCUCUUGUCAGUUUGUUGAUGUUUUCAUUAUUUGGGCAAGUCUGUAUAUUUCAAAACGUGUGCUUAAAGGUGACGGAUAUACGGAGGAGGGAGUGUGGACGACAAAACGGCGCAGGGGAAACGCAUCAAAAUAAAAUGAAAACGAACAGCACUUGGUGAUGCUUGUGAGGGAAAAGACUCGGUUCAUUCAGAGAAUCUGUAAUUAUUCAUUCACUUCGAGUUCAGUAGCCUGUUUUGCAUCACUGUGUGUUCAUACAUUUGCUGUGAGGGACAAUUGAGGACCGCAACGCUGAAGACUAAAAGGACUUCAAUCCAUGUAGAUGAAAAGCAUACUACUUUUGCAUUGCGUCAACAAGAUCUUGUAUAAAGAGAGAGACGAAAAAAAUCCCCAAAAUAGUAAAUGGUGAUACAGGAGUUCUUUGUGUGUGGUUUAUUUUUGUAAUUUUUUUUUAAAAAGGUCUUUCUUUAUUGUGUGCUUCAGGGCGCAGUUUUAAACCUCACACCUCUCCUCAACAUGUUAACUGCUCAUUCCUGCAGUCUCCAUGCUUGAGAUUUUGACAUGCGGCGGCUUGUCUAAAGGCCACAGUGUUUCACAUCCCGUGUUCAUGAAUGAUUUCAUCUUUAUUUUGGGAAUUGUAGUGUAAAAUAUAUGUAUUUGUUCUGGACAAUGACCUACUUUUGACAACUUUGAGGCUUCCUCAACCCUUUUUUUCCCCCCCUCUCGACAUUUUAUUCUUUGGCAUUUACAAUAUCCUGCUACAGAAGAAAUGUUUUUUCCCCCCUCCUGUCACUAGUCUACAUUUCCUGUAAAUUUGCUUUUCUGAAUCUCACAUUUCUUUUUUUUAUGCUUGGUUUUGUGAGUUGAUGAAUAUGAAUUGGGAUUCUUCUCAAGCUGAGCAGCAAAAGUUUGACCCAUUUUCAUUCUCUGCAAACUGUUUGGACUUUCGGAGAUAAUGUUUAGGGAUGCAGGCCUGUGUAAAUGCUAAAUAGGUGGAAAUUAAGGAGAGGUUUUGAUGGGCAUGUCUCUUUUUUUUUUUUUUUUUUUCUCUCUUUUUUUUUUUCUUUUUGAAUGGAAGUUGGAAACAGUUUGUUCCUGUUUCUAGUGGUUGGAAAAUGUUGCAGAUGGAUUGUUGGCUUAGCCAGAGUUUGAACUCCGUUGUAAAUUAGUUCUUUCACGUAGCAAGACGUAAAACGAUAAACUCUUUGCCUUUUUUAUAUAAUUAUCUGUAACAAAAUGUUUUUACAUGUUGUCAUCUAUUGAUUGCUUUUGUGUCUUGACAUAUAAAAGUAAUGGAAUUCUG